CAACAUCUUUAAAAAAUUCAAAUUUUUUUUUAAAAAACAUGUCUUCUUCUGAGGUAUCAAAUAACGGUGUAAUUUUUACAAAAGGAUUUGACUCUGGCCUUCCGGUAAUUAAUGAACACUUUAAAAUUGCUGAGCGUAAGAUCAACAUUUCCUCAACAAAAUUGGAAAAAGGUGAAAUUUUGGUCAAAAAUCUUUAUAUAUCACUUGAUCUUUAUGUACUUUCGAGAAUGAAAUCAGGUGCGGUAAAAAGUUAUCUUGGGUUGUUUCCUAUUGGAUGUGUUUUGGAAUCUGGUUGUAUUAGUGUUGUAGUUAAAAGUAAUAAUGAUCAAUGGAAAGAAAGUGAUUUAUACUCAGGUGUUAGUGGUUGGGAAGAAUAUACUAAAAUUUCUCCUGAAGCAGCGAAACAAGCGUUGCCGGUUAAACAAUAUCUUAAAAAUUCAUUAGAUAAUGGUAUUCCACUUAGUUAUUCUCUUGGAAUAUUGGGUAUGCCAGGUAUGACUGCUUAUGUCGGUUUAAAUAUGAUUGGUAAACCAAAGAAAGGUGAAACAAUAUUUAUUUCGACCGCUGCGGGAGGUGUUGGUCAAGUUGUGGGUCAAAUUGCUAAAUUGAAGGGAUUAAAAGUUGUUGGAUCAACUGGUGAUGAUAAUAAAGUUAAUUAUUUAAUAAAUGAAUUAAAAUUUGAUCAUGCUAUAAAUUAUAAAAAAGUUGAUAUUGGUCAAACUUUAAAAGAUCUCUGUCCUGAAGGAAUUGAUAUUUUUUUUGAUAAUGUUGGUGGUGAAACACUUGAUAAAGUUUUGCCAAUUUUAAAUGAGGAUGCACGUGUAAUUUCAUGUGGAAUGACUUCUCAACUUAAUACAGAAUCAGCAUAUGGUGUUAAAAAUCUUACAGUAAUUAUACCAAAAAGUAUUUUAAUUCAAGGAUUUAUCGUAUUUAGGCAUUAUGAUGAAUAUCAUGAUUCAUUUCAAAAGGAAAUGUUACAAUGGUUAAAAGAAGGUAAAUUAAAAUACAAGGAAAAUAUUGUUAAUGGUAUUGAAAAUGCUCCUCAAGCUUAUUUGGAUUUAUAUAAUAGUAAAGGUUUUGGUAAAUAUUCUGUUAAAGUUAGUGAUUUGUGAAAUUUUAUUUUAGUAAAGCUGAUUAAUUUAAUAGAUAUAUAAAUGUUUAUAA